AUGUCACGGCUGUUGGCGUGUACUGGCGUCUGUCUGCUGCUGCUCAGCAGCUACGGUUCCAUCGUUUGGUGUUACGAGAACACUGCACCGUUCACCGUCCGCCGCCCGCUGGACACACUGUUCCGGGCCGGUUCCUUCCCGCAGAAACAUGCCGGUCCGGUUCCGGCCCUGGGGCUCAAUGGUAGUGGUUCGCACGCUGCGCACGAUUCUCACGGUUCAUUAGCGAACGAUCAACAGCACCAGCCCCAACGACAACCGUCCAUCGCUGGACAGUUUCAACCGGCGAGUCCGCUGGAGCAGCAUCGGGCCGUACUGCAUCGGCGCGUAGAGCCGGGAGGAGGAUCGGCUGGGAACCAUCAUCGUUGGCACGCAGAUCAAAGACCAGACGUGUUCGGAGUCGGCACGGUGCCAGCAUUCCAGCGUGCCCUUCCGGCAAUCGAUAUCGGUAGUCCGGGCAGCGACGAUGAUUUCAUUGGCCACGGGGGACAAUCACCGCUGGACAUGUUCGAGCCGCCCGUCCCGGACCCAGCACUCGACCCCACGGACAACGAGAUCGGCGACAAUCCGCUGCUGGCUGCAUUGGGUGCGAUUAGUGGACCGCGGGUGGUUGACCACGAAGAGGCGGUACCACCGAACCAACCGACCGGCCGCAUGAUGGAAAGCAUCGAUCUGAUCCGGGAGCAGCUGGAGCGCAUCAAGCAGGAGGAGGACAUCGAAAUCAAAUCGAAUCUGCUGAUGAAGCUGUUGACGGAAUUGCCCGAGGGACCGUUGCCGAUUGUCUACAUUGAGGAUGCGGCCGGUAAGGCGGGCCCGGCACGGCGUGUGGCGGAAGAUGACGAUGACGACACGGUGGAUGACGGCGUUCCGGAGGCGGACGAUGAGGACGGUGACGACGGACAGCUGUCGGUCGGUGGUAGGAUCCGAGCGGAACCGUUCACACCGAACGGUGGCAAACGAUCCGGGCGCUACUAUCGGCGCUAUCCCUGGAAGCGCCAGAACGCACGGAGCCGAACUUACGAUGCCGAAGCGCGUUACCUGUGCGUACCGAGCCGUGAGGAUGUGUUCAAGCUGCUCGUCGGGCUGCACGAAAACCGAAUCGGCAAUCACCAGAAGACGGUCAACUUCUGCAACCGAAAGCGUCCGGCAAAGGCCAUCUUCACAAACAUCCGCUUCCUCGGCUAA